CAGCACCUCCCCUAAUUUGUUUGAUUCGAGCUGUAACACACGAGGGUUAGAGCUAAGCUUGCCAAACGGCACAAAGCGAAGGCGUCGUGCGGCCUCGACAUCCCGCGCUGCGUUCCCCCUCCAUCGACGGCGGCCUAGUUCCGACAAGCUCCCGAGCUCCACAUCCUCAAGACCACUACCCUCGAGCAGUCCCGGGUCUCAGGGUCGCCGCCGGCGGUAGCGAGUUCUUGCUUGCUUCCGGUGGUGGGAGAACGCGUGGGCGAUGGCGGUGGACCGCGGGCUCCUGCUCCUCUUCCUCCUCUCGGCCGCCGCCCUGGCCGGGGUCGCCUCUGCCGCCGGUCCUUUCUUGUCCGACGGCGUGUUCCAGGUGACCGCCGGAUCCACGGGGAGGAGCUUGUUGCAGGCCAAAAAGGAUUGCCCUGUGAGCUUUGAGUUCCAAAACUACACAAUCAUCACAAGCAAGUGCAAAGGGCCAACAUUUCCUGCCAGCCAAUGCUGCGCCGCUCUCAAGGAAUUCGCCUGCCCAUUCUAUAUGUACCUCAAUGAUGACAGCAACAGCUGCGCAUCGACCAUGUUCACCUACAUCAACCUCUAUGGCAAGUACCCACCAGGCCUGUUCUCCAGCGAGUGCAAGGAAGGCAAGUUGGGGCUUUCUUGCGCAGAUGUCCCCCAAAGAGAUAUUUCCGCUGCAAACGGUGGGGAACGCGCUCAAUUGCUUGCGUGGAUUGUCUUGAGUGUGGUAGUAGCGUCAUUGUUCCACUGAAUGAUAACUCCAUUCAUUUGCCCGAAAGAUAGGGUGUUUCAACUGAUGAGGCUUUGAGUUUGAUCAUUGCACCUUAUGGUGCUCCUUGUGGGUUAGCUGCCAGAUUCUUCCUUUUGUCUGUAAAAUCUCUUCUAAUAUAAUUUAUGAUGUAGUGUGUAUUUUCUGGAAUUCAGCUUGUUGAUGCCGAUGUUUAGUUCAUACUCAGCUCAACUCAGCAGUAUCAUUGUAUUGUCACUGUUACAUUACAUUAUGAUGCAUAUGUAUCAAUUAUCAUUCAUAUUGGUUGACU